GCUGCGGCUGCGUUGUAACUGCGCAGAGGAGUCGAUGCGCACAGUACAGGGACGGGCAUAGGAGGACAGCGUUUCGCCGAAGCCGUUCCUUCCAUAUUGCGUGGACGCGCUGGAAGGGAGACGCGGUGUGCCGCAACGAAGCCUUGCGCGUAUUUCGUCCACUCGCUGCACCCUCUGCGGCUCUCGCCCACCUACGUAGCCCAUCCGCUUGACAUAGAGAGCAGCAGCAGCUCCGCACAGUUGCGCGCAGCGCUGAUCCCCGCCAGCGCGCACGCGCUGUCUGAGGCGAGCGGAGAGGCGACAUGGCCGCGUGCACGAGGAUGUGCGCUGCGCUGCGGCACGUGAAGCGGAGCGGAUCGUUUCUGCGCGGGGCGCCGCGGCCCUCGACGGGGUCUGCGGCCCUCCAGCAGCGCGUGCGCUCCGCCCACGAUCUCUCCGUCCGAUCGCCGCCCUGGAGGAGACGCCUGGACGCCGUCCUCAGCGCUGCUGCUCCCCCCCGGCGGCAGCAGGCUGAGGCGAGGCGCUUCUUCGGGAGCCGGGCGAGCGGCUUCUCCGGGGAGGACGGGCCAGACAGCGGCGGCGGCGGCCACGAAGCGGGGGACGGGGCCGAGGGGCCCGACGGAGCGGACGGGGCCGAUCGCGGCGCGCACUUCGUGGCCGCGCAGAUGAGCGCGCUCACGCCGCUCGUGGUGCCCGAGGUGUUCCCGCACGUGCCGCUGAUCGCCGUGAGCCGCAACCCGGUGUUCCCGCGCUUCAUCAAGAUCAUCGAGGUGAAGAACAAGCCCCUGGUGGAGCUGCUCCGGAGGAAGGUGACUCUGGCCCAGCCGUACGCCGGGGUCUUUCUCAAGAAGGAUGACAGCGACGAGUCGGACGUCGCGGAGAGCCUGGACUCCAUCUACGCGACGGGGACCUUUGUGCAGAUCCACGAGAUGCAGGACUUGGGUGACAAGCUGCGCAUGAUCGUCAUGGGCCACCGCAGGAUUCGCAUCAACAAGCAGCUGGAUGUGGAGCCCGUGGAGCCCGAGGACCCCGCGCCCGCCGGCCUUCAGGAAGCUGAGGACGGGGCCCUGGCCAAGGGCCCGGGCCGCAGGAGGAGGGCACAGCGCAGGGACGGCCUCUCGUUGGCUGACGCCGCAGAGGAGGGCGUGCGGAAGGCAGGGCUGGGGUCGGAACCCGUCGGGGCGCUGCCCUCCUCCUCGGAGAUUCUCAUGGUGGAGGUGGAGAACGUGACGCACGAGGACUUCCAGGUCACGGAGGAGGUCAAGGCCCUGACUGCAGAAAUAGUGAAGACCAUCCGUGACAUCAUCGCCCUGAACCCACUCUACAGGGAGUCUGUCCUCCAGAUGAUGCAAGCUGGACAGAGGGUCGUGGACAACCCGAUUUACCUGAGUGACAUGGGCGCCGCGCUCACCGGGGCCGAGUCCCAUGAGCUGCAGGACGUGCUGGAAGAGACCAAUAUCCCCAAACGCCUCUACAAGGCCCUGUCCCUCCUCAAGAAGGAGUACGAGCUGAGCAAGCUGCAGCAGCGCCUCGGCAGGGAGGUGGAGGAGAAGAUCAAGCAGACGCACAGGAAAUACCUCCUCCAGGAGCAGCUGAAGAUCAUCAAGAAGGAGCUGGGCCUGGAGAAGGAGGACAAGGACGCCAUCGAGGAGAAGUUCCGCGAGAGGCUCAAGGAACGCACGGUGCCGCAGCACGUCAUGGACGUGAUCGACGAGGAGCUCAACAAGCUCAGCCUGCUGGACAAUCACUCGUCCGAGUUCAACGUGACGCGCAACUACCUGGACUGGCUCACCUCGAUGCCCUGGGGCAAGAACAGCGAGGAGAACCUGGAGCUGAGCCGAGCCAAGGAGGUGCUGGAGGAGGACCACUACGGCAUGGAGGACGUGAAGAAGCGCAUCCUGGAGUUCAUAGCCGUCAGUCAGCUGCGAGGCUCCACCCAGGGGAAGAUACUGUGCUUCUACGGUCCGCCGGGCGUCGGCAAGACCAGCAUCGCCCGCUCCAUCGCCCGCGCCCUCAACCGGGAGUACUUCCGCUUCAGCGUGGGCGGCAUGACGGACGUGGCCGAGAUCAAGGGCCACAGGCGAACCUACGUGGGAGCCAUGCCCGGGAAGAUCAUCCAGUGUCUGAAGAAGACCAAAACGGAGAACCCGCUGGUCCUCAUCGAUGAGGUGGACAAAAUUGGCCGCGGUUACCAAGGCGACCCUUCCUCCGCUCUGCUCGAACUCCUGGACCCAGAGCAGAACGCCAACUUCCUGGACCACUACCUGGAUGUGCCCGUGGACCUGUCCAAGGUUCUCUUCAUCUGCACAGCCAACGUGGUGGACACGAUCCCAGAGCCACUGCGCGACCGCAUGGAGAUGAUCAAUGUGUCCGGAUACGUGCCCCAGGAGAAGCUGGCCAUCGCAGAGAGGUACCUGGUGCCCCAGCUGCGCGGUCUCUGCGGGCUGGACGAGCGGAAGGCGACCAUCUCCUCGGAGGCCCUCGGUGUCCUCAUCAGGCAAUACUGCAGGGAGAGCGGCGUGCGGAACCUGCAGAAGCAGGUGGAGAAGGUGUUCCGGAAGGUGGCGUUCCGUAUCGUGAGCGGCGAGGAGAGCGCCAUUCGCGUCACAGCCGACAACCUGCAGGACUACGUGGGGAAGCCUGUGUUCACCGUGGACAGGAUGUACGAUGUCACUCCGCCGGGGGUCGUCAUGGGCCUGGCCUGGACAGCCAUGGGAGGCUCCACGCUCUUCAUUGAGACGUCCCUACGGAGGCCCCGCGAGGCCCCAGCCAAGGAGGGCCCCCGCGACGGCUCCCUCGAGGUCACGGGUCAGCUGGGCGACGUGAUGAAGGAAAGCGCCAAGAUCGCCUACACUUUUGCGCGCGCCUUCCUCAUGGAGAAGCAGCCAGACGAUGACUUCCUGGUGGGAUCCCACCUUCACCUGCAUGUCCCUGAGGGUGCCACGCCCAAAGAUGGCCCGAGCGCCGGCUGCACCAUUGUCACGGCGCUACUCUCGCUGGCCACCAACACGCCUGUCCGUCAGAACGUGGCCAUGACUGGGGAGGUGUCCCUCACGGGAAAGAUCCUGCCAGUGGGGGGCAUCAAGGAGAAGACCAUCGCGGCCAAGCGGGCUGGUGUGACCUGCAUCAUCCUCCCGAGUGAGAACAAGAAGGACUUCUCGGACCUGCCCGAGUUUGUGAGCGAGGGCCUCGAGGUGCACUUUGUCGAUCACUACCGCCAGAUCUACGACGUCGUCUUCCCCAGGCACUGAUUGUGCGUGCGUGGCCCGGCCAUCGGCAGGGGGACCCGUCAGCGGACGCGUGGAGGUCCUUGGGCCCUCGCCACCGUACCAGCACAAGGACGCGUGAUUGAUUUCUGCGUGGCACAGAGUGCUUCCAGAACGUUCUGAGCUAAUCCCAUCUCCUUGUCCGCGAAGGGGCGCAAGCGUCGUUUUUGUGUGGACGGGACAGCCGUCGCCCACUGCAGCAACCACAGCAACGAGCUGCUGAACCUCUUGGACCAGAGCGGCCUUUCUGCGCUGGAGUCGUACAGGAAGUGACGUUGGCACUUAAGCUAUCGCUUCCUAUUGUAGCUUUCAGCAUGACUGUGAUCCCGUGUCACUUUUUAGAGGCACCUGUAUUCUGCUCUUGUUGUAAUAAAUGCACACUUUACGAAUCCCUCCUG